CCAGCUUAGAUGACGGUGUCGCCUGUAUGUAUGGGUAGAGAUUAGUGCAGAAUCUGCAUAGGAGACGUGUGCGUUGUAUAUUUCGCUGAUAUUAGAAAUUGAUCCGGCGCACUUGCCUUUGUGUUCAAUCAUUGAUCGGCACUGGAGAAGCUCGCUCACACCCACCACUAGGAUGAUGCUGUAGCCUACCAUACCAUUGCGUUGGUGUAAUGGAAGGGCGAUAAUCCGAGAUCCGCAUGUAGGGUAUGUUAUUUGUAACAUAUUGUAGCCUAGCGUAAAGAAAACUUUUAACACAGUGUUCGUGUGAGGACUACCUUUCUUUGUCGUGACAAUGAUUUGAAAUUCUUUCGGACAAGGCAGAGGCUGCCCUGCUGGAGGCGUACGAACAGCUAGUUGAUGUCUCGGCCAUACUGUCUUACACUGGGCGCACCUCCAUGUUGGAAAAGACGCAGAUGAAACUUCAAGAAUCCUUCCCUUCAGAAAGCACACCACACAAAGCCCUCGACAGCCAGUUGGAUGGACGACUCAUUGGGUCCGCUUGCCUAGAUGCUCAGGGCAUAGAGGAGACGAUGGUGCCCACUCAGCAUCCCCCACCCUCACCCUCCCCCUCCUCACCCUCACCCACUGACCCGAGUGCCCGUCGGCACAAGGAUCAAUGCCAGACUGAGCGCCCGGAUCCGGGUGAGCUGUUUUCCCUCCGGCUGGCCAAAGCUGAGGAGAGGAUCCGAUCCCUCCAGUCAGCCUUGAUGUCUUCUCAAAGUGAGGUUCUCAACCUGCAGAGGCAGUACGAUGAAGAGAGGACCUCCAGGGCAAAGGAGGCUGUUAACCUGAUGGUUGCUAAUAUUGAAAUGGUCAACCAGAGAGUGGAGGCAGCGCCAAUUGGUGCAGACAUUGUGAGGGAGAAUGUGGACAGAAGCUGCAUCUCCGCCCAAAAUGGCUCCAGCCCAGGGGAGAGGGUUGGAAUGGAGAGGGCCCGGCUGGAGAUGGUCAUUGCUGACCGGGACCGGGAAAUCCUCCGCCUGAGGGAGGAGGUGAGGAGACUCCAGCUGAUGUUACAUGAAGCCCAGGAGAGCACGACCAAUCAGAUCACACAACUAGAGGGACAACUGGCUCGUAAGAUUGAGAGCAUAGAGAGGCUUCAGGUGAGACUACAGUCCCAGCAGGACUACGAACAGAUCAAAACAGAGCUCAGAAUUUUCCGGGCCAUGAAAGAAGCCUCGCUCAACGGCCGCAUUUCACAGCUGUGCUCCCCCCUCUCAGAGAGACUGACUCCAAUGAGGCCUUUGAAAGAGAGUUCUGCGAUCUCCGUCACAAGAGAGAUGGAGGUGAAGCGAGAGACACAGACGCCAGUGGGGCUCCCAGUCGCCAUGGACACUCCUCCGCCCGGCAGCCCGCGCCCUGCCGCCUCCUCCCAGGGCUCCUCGCCCCGCACGCUCCCGCUCAGCCCCCUCUCGCAGUCCCCUGACCGGCCCCUGCUGUCCCCCCUCAUCAAGCCGGAGCCCAGCCCCCCUGGGCCACUCCCCGAGGCCCUCUACGGGCCCAAGGGUGAUCUGUCCUUCGAGGGCAGCCGGAGCCCGUCACGGGCCAGCCACAGCUCCGACGGGGGCAUGACUGGAGAGCCAUGGGAGGGUGGAGGAGGAGGAGGAGGAGGAGGAGGGGGCAGCAGGGAGGAAGGGGAGGGUGAGCUGAUGGAGACAUCGGAGAUUGCCCUGCAGGUGAAGGAGCAGCUACUGAGGCACAACAUCGGGCAGCGGGUGUUUGGUCACUAUGUGCUGGGGCUCUCCCAGGGGUCAGUCAGCGAGAUCCUGGCCCGACCCAAGCCCUGGAGCAAGCUGACUGUGAAGGGCAAGGAGCCCUUCCUGAAGAUGAAGCACUUCCUGUCCAAUGAACAGAACAUUCUAGCACUUCGCAACAUCCAGGUCCGACAGAGAGGAAAUAUCACUCCACGCAUUCGCACUCCAGAAAUGGGCUCAGAUGAGGCCAUCAGAAACAUUCUGGAACAGGCCAAGAAGGAGAUCCAGAGAGAAGGUGAGGAAAUCUCCCCACUUAGGACCUCUGGUUCAGGUCCUAGCGGCCGGCUCUCUGCUGGACGGGGCAGUAGCAGCGGGGCAGGGGACAGUGACGACACCAUCAAAGCCAUCCUGGAGCAAGCGCGGCGUGAGAUGGUGGCCCAGCAGCGGCACCAGGCCCUGCGGGAGAUGGCCGUAUGCCACUGGGGCACCUCCUCCUCCGCCGCCGCUGCCACCAGCAGCCCUCCAGCCUCCACGGAACCCCGACCCCCAUCGGUCAAGCAAGAGGGGGCCAGCUCCAGCAUCACUGUGUCCAGCCCCCAACUCCUCCAGCAGACGCCGCUCAGCGUCAUCUCCCCUAAGGACUUUGUCCAGAACAUCAUACGCAAAGUCAAGAGCGAGAUCGGCGACGCCGGCUCCUACCAGGGCGGCCACUGGUCGGCCACAUCUAGCACCUCGCACCCGUUGACCUCGGCGUCGCCCUCGCUGUGCUCCACCACUUCGUCCUCGUCCCCUUUCUCCAACUUGGCGGGUCAGAGCUCAUCCUGGCCUGACCCUUGGUCACGUCAGCCGUUCGGUAGAGAGCAGGACCAAGAGGAUGCCUUGUCCAGCCAGGGUGAGGGUGGGCACAUGGUGAAGGUCAAGGUGGAGGCCGAGGAGGAGGAACAGGACGAGGGAGCAGGGCAUCUUUCUCCGUGCUCUGCCUAUGUGACACGCCCACCCAAGCCCAUCGUGCCCCCUCUGACCCCAGAUCAGUACGACUCCUUCAUGCACCAGCAGGUGGACACAGUGCUGCUGACGCGACAGGUCAAAGACAGGCUGGCACAGAAGGGCAUCUGCCAACGCAUCUUUGGAGAAAAGGUGCUGGGCCUUUCUCAAGGCAGUGUGAGUGACAUCCUGUCCCGACCCAAACCCUGGAGCAAGCUGACCCAGAAGGGCAGAGAGCCCUUCAUUCGCAUGCAGCUCUGGAUGCAGGGCCAGCUGGGCCAAAAGCUGAGCCCCAGUCCUCCAAACAACGACCCCUCCCUGGAGCAAGACCCAGCACUGGUGAACUCCUCACCCAGCCCAGAUGAGGAGCGGGCGGGCCUACUGAGUGAGCCAGGCAGCCUGAGCCUGGAGAGCAGCAAAGAGAACCAGCAGCCUCCCCAGCAGCAGGGAGGACACCGGGGCCUAGGGUCCCUGGAAGUGCCCCACCCCACCCUGUCGGCGCUGGAUGUCCAGCAGCUGGCCAUCCUGUCCCCUGAGCUGGACACGCUCAGUAUCACAAGGAGGGUGAAGGAGGUCCUCAACAGCAAUAAUCUCGGGCAGCGUCUGUUUGGAGAGAUGAUCCUGGGCCUGACGCAGGGCUCUGUGUCUGAUCUGUUGGCUCGGCCUAAACCCUGGAGCAAACUGAGCCUAAAGGGCCGGGAGCCCUUCGUGCGCAUGCAGCUGUGGCUCAAAGACCCCCAGAACAUUGAGAAGCUGAGAGAAAUGAAGAAGAUGGACAGCAGAGGGUACCUCAAACGGCACCAUAAUUUACUGAGCUCCGGCUUGGACCGAGACUCGCCAGCCAGCGCUUCAGACAUGGCUUCCUAUCUGGAGUCUUCUCACCCAGGCCAAGCCAAGAAGGCCAGAGUGGUGCUCGCCACCCAGGAGAAGGAGGCUCUGAAGAGAGCCUACCAGCUGGAGCCCUACCCCUCCCAAAGCACUAUAGAGAGACUCGCCUCCCAGCUUGGUCUCAAGAUCAGUACAGUGAUCAACUGGUUCCACAACUACAGGUCUCGCAUGAGAAGAGAUUUUGAAGAAGGAGAGUUGCUUAAAGCAGACACCUUGAAACCUCUCCCUGGUGGUGACCUAAAAGAGAUGCACCAGAUGCAUUGUAGCCAAAGUCCCUCCAAGGGGGACCACUCUCUCAGCAUGCCUGUAGGCUUGGUGACUGUCAAACAGGAACCGUGGGAACUAAGGGAGGCAGAGGAGCAACCAUCAGAGACUGACGCUCACCUGACCAAAUACAUCUCCAUGGGCGUGCAGUUUGCAGGCAGACUGGAAAUGAAGGAGGAAAGCCUGAGAAACCCGUCUCCUCGGCUGUGUUCGAGACUCAACCAGGAGGUCAGGGGGGAGUGCGGAGAGACAUCAGCUAGCCUCCCAAAACCAGACAGACUUCCGGGCAUUCCGCCAGUGUCCCAUGCAUCAGAGGCCCAGACGUUUUCUCACAGCUCUAAAGAGGACACUGAGCCCGAAGCCAAUGCUGCUGCUGCUGCUUCUGCCUCAUCGUCUCCCACACACACUCUACCUCCAGUCUCCCCUCUUCCCUCAUCAACCACACCAACACCACUUACCUCAGAAGCUGCUGCUGAGCAGAUUACCGUCCAGCAGAGCCUUGUGGCUGGCCACAGCACCCAGCAGCGGAGCGCCAAGAAGGCUAAUCUGGACAACAUCAUCCAUCGGCUGGAGCGGGCGGCCAACAGGGAGGAAAUGCUGGAGUGGGAGUUUUAGGACAAAUGAAUGGCCUCUCAUAAUGACCGCUGACCACACUGAUAAGCUGUAGACUUUUUCUAUAAAAAAAACAACUAAAAACUGAAAAGAGAUGACCAGGAAAGAGGCCAUGAAAUCAUGGAGUUCCUCACUUGGAAAAUACUUUGUCACUGUGCUAAAUUUUUGUGAACAUUUCCUGUGCUCCUCUAAAAUUCUUUUAAAAAGGGUUUAAGGUUAUAACAGAGAAGAGAGACUUAGAAAGUCCAGUGGAAGAUUCUUGAAAUGUUUGAAAUUGAAUGCAUGGCUGGUUUAAUAAUCACUGUCCUGAAAAACAUAUUAUAUGCAUAUAUGGCAGCCAUUUUAUAUGGGAGAAAAAUAUUAAUGGUCAAGUGUAAUGACUAUUCACUAUUUGCCACUUGUUGAGAUUACAGGGGACAUUGGUCUUAAGCCAUGUGCACUAUGUCUAAAAAGACUGAGGAAAAUCUAUUUAUAAAUGGCCACUUUCACUUCCUUCCUAUCUUUUCAAUUCAAUGUCUAGAUUAAAGCAGUCGUGUAAGACUCUAAAGGGAAUUCUUUGGGAUUAUGAUUAAGUUCAUAUGUGUAUUGUGUUUUAUUAGGAAGCCUAACUAAAUAAUUCUGCUUAUUAGUUUGGUAGGCUAUAUGAUGAAUAUGACUAGGCUACAAUAAUGUGGAAGGAAACCUAAUAAAUCAUGAUUCUUCAUAUCAA